GCAUGGUUUUGCCCAUAGGAUUUGCAAACACUUGACAACGAAAGGGUCAAAGACGCCACUAGCGAUGCAUGCACGUAUCAGAGUCACGAGCUAAGUUUUAGGGUGUAGGCUUUACUUCUCACUACCAAUGGAACCCGACGAUUUGUAUUGAACCACUAAAACCAAUAUAGGGUUGGGACUUUCGUUGUGUCGUAGCCAAAAUGGAGGGUUCCUCAGCGUCAUUUGCUUUACUUCUGCUUCUCUACGUUUUUGGAGAUGUCACUAAUGUAGUAUCAGCGGACACGCCCCCUCCCGCUGGUGACUGGACAGUGUAUGACGACAAAGAAAACAUAUGCAUGCUGUUGGCAUUCUCAGCGCAGAUUGACGUACACGAGAAAACUGGAGUUGAGAAAAAGGUCAUUGACAUCAUGCCUUCGUUCGUGGCAUCCAGCUCAUGCGAUUCCCUAUAUCGUAAUGUCAAAUUCGAGAAUCAGAGCAUCCGAGCAUCAGAGCAUCCCCAGAUUCAGCUGACAUUUUACAUGAACCCAUUCGAGAAGGUAUACACCAUGACGACAGUGUUUGCCGAAUGGUUUGACGACAUCCAAAAGGUUCCGUAUUCGGAUCAGAAGACUUCCACGAAUUUCUUAAGCAGCACCGUGCCGGGUGGCCACUCCUAUUUCUGUCCCGAUAAGUUGACGAUAGACCUACCGGAAGGAGAUGGAACUCUCUACUUUUGGAACAUGCACCUGCAACCUUUCGCGGAGUCCUUUGGCCCAGUCUACGGCCCAGAGCAACCAUGUGAGUCCAACGCCUGGAUCACCGUGGUCUGUUCUCUGAUUGGUGUUGGCAUCUUCUUAGUCUUCCUGGUCAUUGGUGUCUGGCUGCUAAGACGCAAGACAAGGAACGCCGCCUAUGAUAGCUUUGAUGCCCAACCCUCCUCCUCCUCCUCCUCCUCCUCUUCUGGUAGUUAGGCUCCUUUUCAUGCCAGUAAAGUGUCCAACGAGAAACACUCUUAAAGGGUCCGUGCAAUGUAUUUUUUUCUUAUCUUCAAUCUUAGCAAAUACACCUUCGUGUCAUAUUUAACCAUAUUUUAAUGUUCUUUUUUGCAAUUUUCAACUGUAUUUUGGUGCCGUUUGAGUUUAAAUGCGAAUUUUCAUAGUCAUAAGCAAAAGUGAAAUACCCUUGAAAAUGACAAAACGAAAAUUGAAAAUAAUGAUAAAUGGGACACAAUGUGCAUUUUUGAAACUGUUGUUGUUGUUGUUCAUUGCCUGUGGAAAAAUAAACUGAAUUUAUGAGUAAA